GCGAUCGCGCGCGCGGCUCGCUGCUGCGCGCGCAUGUCCCUCGUGGACGACGGGUUCAGGUGAAGGAGAAAAGCGAGGAUGGCUUCGUCGCAGGCGCAGGCAGAGAUAACUGAGCGGCGGCUGAGGCCGCUGUACGAUGCGAUAGACAAUCGACAGAACAAGAAGGCACUGCAGAUAGCGGACAAGAUCAUAAAGAAACAAGAAGAUCUCUACUGUGCAAAGGCGCUGAAGGCCAUAGUGUGUCAACGGAUGGGGCGACAGGAGGAGGGGAAUUCCCUGAUUGACGAGGUCGUCAAGGCAUGCCCCGGAGACCAAGCCACUCUACAGGCUGCCACAAUGUACUACCGAGAAACCGGAGACGCCUCGUACCCAGAAGAGAGGAAAGGGUGUGGUAAUUUUGAGUGGUUUUUAUUUCGGUUGUCCUGACUCCCCACUGCAUGCACAAAAACUGUUUUUAUGGACACACAGUUGCAUUACAAAUCAUUGCAUAACAUCAGGCGAUAUUUCACACUGGUGACGAAUACUGCAAUCUGAUUGGAUGCCUCGAUAAUAGACUGUCUAUUCAGCAGCACAACCAAGAAAUCGCUAGAAAGUCACCAGACCUUUUUCUCUCUUGAAGAGGUUCAAGACUACCCUCUCUCUCCUUUCCAUCCAGAGCCAAAGGUGGUGGAUCUGUAUACCCAGGCAGCGGAGCAGUACCCUGGGAACCAGGAGAUACUCACCCACCUCUUCAUGGCCUUUGUCAGAGUCGGCAAUUACCACAAACAGCAGCAGACGGCACUCCAGCUACACAAGGCAUUCCCUGACAAUGGCCCGUACUACUGUUGGAGAGUUAUGAGUAUCGUCAUGCAGGCACACAAGAGUACCGAUGGGAGUCUAGCCAACUCCAUGUUCCUGCCACUUGCCGAGAAACUGAUGGAGAAAUACGUGGCUGAAAAGAAACUGGACGUCGAAGAAGAGGUGAAGCUCUAUCUCAUGGUACUUGAGAAGCAGGGGAAACCAGAGAAGAGACUGGAAGUUGUUCAAGGUCCACUUGGUAAACUGAUUCGCAAGAGAGAGGAGCGGAAUCGUCUGGAGCUGGAGUGUCACCUGUCCCUCCAGAGAUGGGACGACGCUGUUCGCCUCUUGACCGCCAUGCUGAGAGAGAACCCAGAUCAUUGGAAAGACAUUGAGGUCUACAUCUCCUGCCAGAUUGAGAGGUACAAGGAGUCGGUGAGAGAGGCCAAGGAGGAACACGAGAUGAAGAAGAGGGGGAGGGAG